AAGUGAAUAUCUAUUUCUUUAGUGUUUAUUUUUUUCUGAGGCGUGUCCGCCAGCCGCCAUGUUCUGCCAUGUCGUCACCAAACAGGAAGUGAUCUCGUCGCUGCGGAGGCUCGCGGACACAAACGGCUCUUCUUCUUCUGCUCCUCUUCCUCCACUCGGAACAUGGACGGGAAUCGGAGCUGCGUUCAGUUGGCUGCUCUGCGAACAUGAGCUCCUCCCACCUGUCCACAGUGGAUGGCACUGAGAGGCUGUGUGUGUCUGAGCGUGCUCAGGGCGUCCCUUCUCGGGUCCUCCACCUGCGUCAGCUUCCUGGUGACGUUUCUGAACAGGAAGUACUUGCUCUAGCGCUUCCCUUUGGCCGAGUUAGUCAGGUGAUCACGCUGAAGGCCAAGAACCAGGCAUUCGUAGAGAUGGCAUCGGAGGAAGCGGCCGUUACCAUGGUGAACUAUUACACCUCGGCCACGCCCACCGUCAGGAACCAGCCAAUCUUCAUUCAGUACUCCACGCACCGUGAGCUCAAGACUGACAAUCUGACUAAUCAGAGGGCCAUCAGUGCAGCAGCAGUGCAUUCUGGGAGCAUGGCGUCUGGAGGGGAGGGGCGUGGCUUCGCUCCGGGUCAGAGUCCUGUCUUGAGGAUCAUCGUAGAGAAUUUUUACCCGGUGACUCUGGAGGUCCUGCAGCAGAUCUUCAGUAAGUUCGGUUCCGUGUUGAAGAUCAUCACCUUCACCAGAAAUAAUCAGUUUCAGGCUCUGCUGCAGUUCAGUGACGCCGUGCACGCUCAGCACGCCAAGGCUUCUCUGGACGGUCAGAACAUCUACAACGGCUGCUGCACGCUGAGGAUCGACUUCUCCAAACUGAGCGCGCUCAACGUCAAGUACAACAAUGACAAGAGCCGCGACUUCACCAGAGCCGACCUGCCGACCGGUGAGCUGGAGCCGGCCGCCGCCUUCGGUGUAGCUUUGCCUCCGUACGGAGCAGCAGCGUUCCCGCCCACCUUCCAGCAUCACACAGGUGUCUCCAUGGCGACCGUCCCCGGCUCCCUGGUGUCUCCCCGGCUGUCCCUGCAGGUGGAGCCCCCUACCGUCCACUCGGUGCUGCUGGUGUCCAACCUGAACCCUGAGAGCGUCUCACCUCACUGCCUCUUCAUCCUGUUCGGUGUUUACGGAGACGUCCAGAGGGUGAAGAUUCUGUUCAACAAGAAGGAGAACGCUCUCGUCCAGAUGAGCGACGCUACUCAGGCUCAGCUCGCAAUGAGCCACCUGAAUGGCCAGCGUCUCCAUGGUAACGUGAUCCGGGUGACACUGUCCAAACACCCGGAGGUGCAGCUUCCCCGCGGGGCGGCGGGGCAGGAGGAGCAGGCGCUGACCCGGGACUUCUCAGGCUCCGCCCUCCACCGCUUCAAGAAACCGGGAUCUAAAAACUUCAACAACAUCUUCCCUCCUUCGGCCACGCUGCACCUGUCCAACAUCCCGUCCUCUGUCAGUGAGGAGGUGUUGAAGGAUUUAUUUUCUUCUGGUGGAUUCUCAGUAAAAGCCUUCAAGUUUUUCCAGAAGGACAGGAAGAUGGCGCUGAUGCAGCUGGCAUCGGUGGAGGAGGCCAUCGAGGCGCUCAUCUCGCUGCACGACCACCAGCUGGACCACAACCAGCACCUCCGGGUGUCCUUCUCCAAGUCCACCAUCUGACCUCUGACCUCAGCGGCCCGCCGGCCAAUCAGAACGCAGGGCUUCUGAUUUGCCGGACAGAGGGACGGACGGACCAGCGGCAGAGCCCGAGACACCUUCCAUCUUUCUGUGCCUACAAAUGGCUCGACAUCACGGGGCGGAUGAUGUCACAGGCAGGGGUCAUUGCCACGGUUACAGAGCACAUUCCUGAGCAUUGUGGGUAAUGGAGUCCAGCGAGGAGCCGGCGUGAGUCCAAGUCAAAGACAGAUGAAGUUUAUUUUGAACCGAAGCUUUGUUCAUUGUGAGUGUUCAGCUGCCGUCUGAUUGGCUGGAUUUAUUUCUGUUAUUUUAGGAUUUAGCCGGCUGCCGUCUGAUUGGCUGGAUUUAUUUCUGUUAUUAUUUUAGGAUUUAGCCGGCUGCCGUCUCAACCUUCUCCUGUGCCUUAUUUUCUGGAUUCUUCUGCUGGUUUUUGGUUUUUCUGUGCGAUUUCUUCAGCUGGUUCCGGAUAGUUUCUGUUUGUUCUGGAGGGUUUUUAUUGGUGAAUGUAUUUCUAUUGAUCAACAGGUAAAGCCCCGCCCACCUGUCCUACCUGUGAGUGUGUAUGUGUGUAUUUAUGUGCGUAUGUUAGACUGCGCUGUGAUUGGUCAAGCUUCAAAAUGUCCCGCCUUUUUUCUAUUAAAACUAUUUAAUUCAGUUCAGUUUUUAUUUUUUAAUCUUUUUACUUCUGUUUCGGUUUUUGGUCAUUUUUUUGUCAAACAGGAAAAAAGCCACAAAAAAACAGGAGCUGCCAGUUUGCCUUCUGACCUUCGUUUUACAAUCAGACGUUUGGUUUGGAGUUUAUUCUGCUGUGAGAAUAAAUAAAUUCAGCUUCAGAGUUCAUCGAGGGUUCAGCUUCAUCAAACAUCUCAGCUUCACUAAAUCGAAAUGUGGAGUUUUUAAAAGUCAAACCAAAGUCUGUGUGCCUUUCGACUGGACCAACCGAUUCAUUCCUGUUUAAACGGCUUCUAAACUUUUCUUACUUAGGUUUGAGUUCAGUGUUUGUACGUGAUCAGCUACAUGUGUGAUCAGCUUCAUACGUGACGGUUUCCAUGUUUUCAUGUUACGACUGGUUUCACAUCAAAUCAGUUUUUAUCAAAACUCUUUUUAACAAAAACGUUUAUUAUGUCUUCUUGCAAGGUAAUCAACAUCUAAUCAUAACCAACAAACUCAGUUUCUGUUCAGACCUGAUGUAGCACCGCCCACAUACAUGUAGCCCGCCUCCACAUGAUGUAACCCCGCUCAUGUACAUGUAGCUCCGCCUCCAUCUCCAGACUACACCCCUGGUAUCUGUUGGCCCUUGUGAUCGAUCAAAAGCAAAGAAAUCUGGUUCACUAAAAGAUCUUCAAAGCAACGUUUCCAAUGUUGGCUUUUAUUAGCGAGUCGGCUGGCUGCUAAAGCAAUUCAAGGACUAACGAUCCGCACGGUCGAUCCGUUUAUUCGCAAUGAAAUGUCUUAAACUAAUUUUUGCAGGACUGCCUUUGUCGUAGAAAAAAAUUAAAAAAUUAUCUUGAGUAAAAACUCGGAACCAGUAUUGCCUCCUUGUACCGUAGAUAUUGAACCGAAACAUUAGGUAGCUUCAGCUAACGCUAGCUCAUGUCACACAUUAGCUCAUUUAAGAUAAUGUUGGCUAAUAACAAAUGCUAGCUAGAUGAAGCUAAUGUUUGCUCAUGUAGAAACCAGAGAAGUCCAGUUGGUUUCUACUGAAAACCAAGCUAACAUUAACUGACUACACUUCAGUUAACAUUAGCUUAUAUCACACAUUACCUAACUGAAGCUAAUGUUGGCAAAUAAAUGCUAGCUGGCUAAAGCUAAUGUUCGCUCUUGUAGAAAUCAGCUGGACUUCUGGAGUCCAGUUGGUUUCUACAUGUGCAAACAUUAACUAAAGCUACCUAAUGUUUAUUGUUAGCUAGUUUAAGCUGAUGUUGGCUAAUAGCUUGGUUUUCCUUAGAACCGACUGGAAUUCUGACUAAGUCCAUCUGGUUUCUACAUUAGCUUUAGCUAGCUAGCAUUUGACAUUGGCAAACAACAGCUAGCUAGCAUUUGUCAUUUACCAGCAUUAUCUUCAUUUAGCUGAUGUGUGACAUGAGCUAAAGCUACAUAGUGUUUGUUGCUUGCUAGUUUAGGCCAAUGUUGGCAAAUAAUGAUAAGGACUUUUUCAAAAACCUCCCAGUGAACAGUCCCGCUGGUUUCUACAUGAGGUAACGUUAGCUAAAGCUACCUAAUGUUUGUUGUUAGCCAACAUUAUCCUAAAUUAGCUGACGUUAGCUUGGUUUUUAGUUGAAAUCAGCUGGACUUCUCUCUGGGAGGUUUAAAAAAAAUGACUAUUUGUUGUUUGCCAACACUUUUUUAAGUUAGCUAAUGUGUGACAUGAGCUAACAUUAGCUGAAGCUCCCUAACGUUUGUUGUUAGCUAGUUUAGGCUAAUGUGACCUCAUAUCAGACAUUAUCUAAAUUAAGAUAGUGUUGGUUAAUAAAUGCUAGCUAGCUGAAGCUACUAAGUCCUGGUUAAGCUAGUUCGAAAGCUUCUAUUUUUAAUAGUCCAACGACUCCAGAUUCAUGUCCGGCUUCUGUUGCCAAACAAGAAGAGAAAAUUGGUUAAAAACCUGUCUAUAUAAAUAUAACAAAAACAAAUUAAAUGAUGAAAAUAAAUGUCCUGAAAACAUACAAAAGAAGUGAUUGGUUAAAAACUGAGAAAUAUUCAGUAAAACAUGAAGAAAACAUCUUAACGUUGUGUGAAAGAUGUUCAACGUUUAGAUCAGAAUCCAACAUGUGAAACGUUCUUCUGGACUAAAUAUAUCUAACUGAUCCAGUCUGGAAGCUGUACAUGUUCACAUCAUACGUGACAGAAGCCACUCUGCAUUAAACCACUGGCUGAUCUCAUCACAAAAAGGUCAAAUAUUAGUUUAAACUGUGUUUGUGUUACCAGGUAAUGUUAGCGUGUGAAACCCGUGUUGCUUCUCGUCACAUGAAGACAUGAAAACAUUUUCAGUCAUCUUAUUCUGCUGAAUUCUUUCUCAAACACAUCUGUACAGAUCGUCAGUCGUCCAGGUUGUGGAGAUCAUAGGAGCUAAUGUUAACUGAUUACAAAUAUUAGCUAAUUUAGGCUAAUGUGGGCUAACAACAAACAUUAGGUAGCUUUUACCAAUGUCAGCUUAUGUAGAAACCAGCUGAACUUCUCUCUGGGAGGUUGUUGAAAAAGACCUUAUUGUUAUUAUCCAACAUUAGCCUAAACUAGCUAACGACUAACAUUAGGUAGCUUUUGCUAAUGUUAGCUCAUAUCACACAUUAGCUGAUUUAAGAUAAGGUUGGCUAGUAACAAAUGCUGACUUCUCUGUGGGAGGUUCUUUUUCAAGAAGCUAACUAAUGUUUAUUUGCCAACAUUAUCUUAAAUUGGAGCUAGCAUUAGCUGAAGCUACCUAAUGUUUGUUUUUUGCUAGUUUAGGCUUACAACAAACAUUAUGUAGCUAAACAUUAGCUAAAGUUAAUGUUUCAUAAUAUCAAAUGUUAGCUCGCCAAAAGUAAUGUUUGCUAUUGUCAUAUACUAGCUAGCUAAAACUAAUGUUAACUCAUGGAAAAACCAGCUGGACUUCUCCUUGGGAGUUUCUUCCUUAUUGUUAUUAGCCAACAUUAGCCUAAACUUGCUCAUAACAGACAUUAAGCAGCUUUAGCUAAUGCUAUCUAGCUGAAGCUAAUGUUUGCCUAUCUGAAUUUAUUACUGAAACUGAUUUUAUUUUCAUUUAACUGCAUUAAACUGACAAAUCUUUUUUCAAACUGUUUUCUACCUGAAUGUAUUUAGCCAAUGUAAAGUAGUCGUGGUGCAUUGUGGGAAAGGGGGGGAGGGCUCAACUCGAAAACAAAUAAAGUUAGUUGAGUUUUUAUUUAUUCUGAAAGUGUGACAGGAAGUUGUAGCAUGAAUCACUGAAUAAAUAAAGAAAUCUGACAACCAA